AUGGCCGAUACUCACGCUGCCGGCGGCGACUCGAACCCCUCGAGGGGUAAUCGCAACCGUGGAAGAGGUCGCGGCGGCGGUGGUGGAGGUGGAGGAGGAGCCAACGCUGGAACCCGUGGAAGAGGAAGAGGAGGACGUGGCAGAGGCGGUAAUAACGCUGCUGCAUCAACCCAGCCAGAAACCUCGAGCGCAUCACAAGCUCCCGUCACCAAAGCCGAUAACAAGGUGCUCACACGUACGGCUGCAGCGGACGAUGAUACCGCGAGCAGCGACGGAGAGGUGUGCUUCAUUUGCGCAGAGCCCAUCAAGUUCCACUCGAUUGCACCAUGCAACCAUAAGACCUGCCACAUCUGUGGUCUACGCAUGAGAGCCCUGUACAAGACUAAGGACUGUCCUCAUUGUCGAACUGCUUCUCCCUUUGUCGUUUUCACGGACGAUGCGAACAAGCGAUACGAGGACUAUACCGACGCCGACAUCACGAGCUUCGACAGCAACAUUGGCAUCCGAUAUACCAAUGAGGAAAUUGUCGGCGACACUGUCGUGCUUCUGCGAUACAACUGCCCUGCGGAAGACUGUGUCUUUGCCGGUUUAGGCUGGCCAGAUCUUCAUAGACACGUUCGGUCAACGCAUCACAUGAAGAUGUGCGACCUGUGUACCAGAAACAAGAAGGUCUUUACCCAUGAGCAUGAACUCUUUGCGGACAAGGAGCUCGAGAAGCAUAUGAGGCACGGAGACGACAGGCCAGGUGCCAUUGACCAGACGGGCUUCAAGGGACAUCCCCUAUGCGGGUUCUGCGGAUCGCGCUUUUACGACGACGAUAAGCUCUUUGAUCACUGCCGCGAAAAGCACGAGAGAUGUUUCAUCUGCGACCGGAGAGACUCGAGACACCCCCACUACUUUGUCAACUACAAUGCUUUGGAGAAGCACUUUGAAAAAGACCAUUUCCCCUGUCUGGACAAGGAAUGCCUAGAGAAGAAAUUCGUCGUCUUUGAGUCGGAAAUGGACUUGAAGGCGCAUCAACUGGAAGAGCAUGCCAACUCUCUGUCCAAGGAUGUUCGGAGAGAUGCGAGGGUAGUCAACAUGUCAGGCUUUGACUACAGAUCGACAUACGAGACCGAGAGACGUGGAGGAGGUGGCGGCGGUAGAAGCGGCGGCGGUGGUGGUGAUGGCCCCUCCAGCGGACGCCAAGGCCGUGGCCGUGGCCGGGAUCCCAAUGCCGAACCCAUACCUCACAGCUCUGCGCAACCGCUCCGCCGGGAUGAGCUUGCCUUCCAAAGACAAAUGGCAAUCCACUCGGCACAGUCAGUUUCUAACCGUACCUUUGGCGGUUCGCUCUCCCAGCCAGCGAGUACGACACCCGCUUCUUCGUCCCGCCGAGGUAAUGGUGCGCCGGCGCCUGGAGGUUCAUCACGUCAAGCCCCUGCAGCUGCAGCCGCACCUGCGCCUGCGCUGCCUACGGCCGAGAUGGAGCAGCUCAAUGUGACUGACAUUGCAUCAUUGCCUCCUCAGGAGAGAGCGGUGAUGCUGCGCCACCAAGGCGUCGUUGAGCGCGCUUCAAACCUGCUUGGCCACGACCAGUCUAAGAUGAAGGAGUUCCGCGAUUACAUUUCAAAUUUCCGAAAAGGGAGUUUGACCGCCCCUCAACUGGUGGAUGCCUUCUUCUCGCUCUUCGCUGAUACAUCGUCAAACGCAUUGGGUACAUUGGUCCGUGAAGUUGCUGACCUAUUCGAGGAUAAGAGCAAGGUCGCGGCUCUGCACAAAGCGUGGCAGGACUGGAGAGCCAUCAACGAAGACUACCCGUCUCUGCCUGGCUUGGGCGGUAUGCACGGCGCGACGACGGCUUCAAGCGGCUGGGCUAGUGCAGCCUCGCCGUCCCCCACUGCGCCAGCUGCCGCACCGAGCUCGAACCAGAAGCACUCCAACCGCGUGUUGAGGCUGAAGAACAGCACCCGAGCCGGCGUCUCGGGGCCUAAACCGGUGGCCCCGGCCGCUUCGGCGAACUGGGUUUCCACGUCGGGCUCCUCUCGCCCUCCAGCACCAUCGGCCUUCCCUGCCCUCCCCGCGGCCUCGUCCUCCAAGUCGUCGGCACCACAGCCAUCCUGGAUUGGGCCGAACAACCCCUCCGCUUCGAGAUCCUCGGGCUCCGCAGGACCCGUGCGCUCGACACCAGCCGGUCGACCGCCACCAUCAUCUGCUUUCCCCGCGUUGCCUCCGGCACAGAAGCCCCUCACAACAAUCUUUGGCUAUGGAUCGGGACGAGGUGUGCGACGCGAUCUGGGCGGCGCUGCCAGUAACUUCAGCUGGGGAUCGGCCCCAGGAAGCGGAGCCGCGAGCGAGAAUGUAUCGGAGAGGGAAGACGAGGAAGCUGGUCAGAGCACAGGUGGCAAGAAGAAGAAGGGCAAGAAGGUGCUUGUCCAGUGGGGUUGA